AUGCUUGAAGAAGUUUGCUGUAGAAGAAUCACUAAUGAUGUAGGAUAUAAAAAUGUAGCCCUAGAAAAUAGUUUGAGAGUUAAUUCAGAUAUUGACUAUAGAAGGAAAGCUCCAGAAAGCCAAGAGGUGCAGCAGCUUAUACCUCUGUCAGAACCUAUUAGUUCAUCACAGAGGAAAUUUAUGAGAGAAUCUUCAGGUGGUGGGGACAAUAACUGUUCUGGUUUGAUGUGCACUGAGAGUGUUGAGUCUAAUGAAGUCGGAAUCCAGAAUUUGACCACCAGCAUCCACAGAAUCAAACAUGGAACUGAUUUCCCACCAAACUGUGAGUCAAGUGGAAAACAUGCUGUUGACGACCGACCUUCCUCUUCUAAUUAUGAUAGCAUCCAGUAUGUGACAACACUAUACAGCUCGAGGCUGCGCCCUUCACUUUCUGGAAAACUCAGUGCAUCUGCAAGUGAUGAAGAUGAUAUGUCUGGUCUAAUGGAAAACCAUCAAGAAUUCAUUCAUGUAAUGAAGUCUCGGCUAACCAAACUAGAGGUGGUUUACCGGUGCUGGCAAAGAAAUGAUAUAAAAGGAUCUAUUGAUGCUACAUCGAGAACGUUGGAUUUUGCUGUAUGCACUACUGACAUAGUUAACGCUCUAAUGGAGAAUAGGAACUGUAUCACAUUAGAUGUUUGCGCUUCUCUCUUACGUCUUACUGCCAGUCUUCUUGAAAGCACAUAUGACAGGCAUAUGAGCAUUGCCUUGGGGAUGAUUCUCAGUCUCGUUAAGAGCUUUGGUUCCACCAUUUCUUCAGCUUUGUCGGCUACACCACCUGUUGGGGUAGACCUUGAGGCAGAGCAGAGGUUGGAGCGGUGCAAUCUAUGUUUCCAAGAACUGAAGAAUGUGAGCGCCAGCCUCAAGUUGCUGACAAGGCGGCAAGGCGAGGUCGGGAGAUCAGCUCAGGAGCUCAACCUUUUUCUUCAGGAUAUCUUUCAAUUGUCAAGCGUGUAA